GUUGCUUCGGCAUCUCAAAGGACUCCCGCACCGCACCCGAGACGCAACAGCGCUCACAACACACUCCGUUUGAAACCGAGGCAGCAGCAGCAGCUAGCGAUGGUGGACGUGGACCACCGGAUGGCGGGGCUAGCCCCGUCGGUGGCGCACACGGCGGCGCUACGGCGCCUGUCGACGCGCGCCGCCGGGGGCGCCUCGUCGGCGUCCGCGUCGCCGCGGCACGGGCUGCACUCCUUCCACGCCGUGGCGGCGGGGGUGCUCUCCCACCUCCGCGACGCCGCCGGGGUGACCGUCCUCCCGGGCCUCACCGACGCGGAGCUCGCCCGCGCGGAGGCCGAGUUCGGGUUCACGUUCCCUCCCGACCUCCGCGCCGUGCUCGCUCUCGGCGUCCCCUCGGGUCCCGGGUUCCCCGACUGGCGCGGCCGGGGCCGGGCGGGUCUCCGCGCCGCGUUCGACCUCCCCGCCGCGGCGGCGUCGCUCCAGGUCGCGAGGGGCGCGCUGUGGCCGCGGUGCUGGGGACGGAGGCCCGCCGACCCGGACCGCGCCCUGCGGCUGGCCCGCUCAGCCAUCCGCCGCGCGCCGCUGCUCGUGCCGCUCUUCGACCGCUGCUACCUGCCCUGCCGACCCUGCCUCGCCGGGAACCCCGUCUUCUUCGUCGCCGACGACCGCGUCCUCUGCUGCGGCCUCGACCUGCUCCACUUCUUCACCCGCGACUCCUCGUUCCAGCCGACGACGGCGAUGGAUCACGUCGUCUCCUCCUCCUCUCCGCUCGCGUCCCCGCUCCUCUCCGCCGGCGCGACGACCAGCAGGCCGUCGUGCACGCGCCGGAGCCUCGACGCCGUCCAGGCCCCGCGCUGGAUCGAGUUCUGGAGCGACGCCGCGUCCGACCGCCGCCGCCGCGACUCAUCGUCCUCGGAAGCCUCCACCGCCUCCUCAUCCUCCUCCUCGUCCUCAAGCUGCUCAUCGCCACCCCGGCGGUCAACCCCGCGGUGGGUCGACAACUACCUCGACGAGCUGGGAUCAAUGCUGAAGAAAGGCGGGUGGAGGGACCGUGAAGUGGACGAGAUGGUCGAGGUCACCGCCUCCGGGUUCUUCGACGGCGAGGAGGCCGGGGCCCCAGCACCCGAUUCCGAGGCUAUCCUCGACGCGCUGGUCCUCAAGACCGACCGGUGCUCGGACUCGCUCCGGCGCGCCGGAUGGACCUCAGAGGACGUGUCGGACGCGCUGGGGCUCGACUUCCGGCGCGGCAAGGAGCGGUCCCGGUCGGCCGCCGUGCGCAUCCCGCCGGAGAUCGCCGCCAAGGUCCAGCGCCUGGCGCAAGCGCUGGCACGCCCGUGACCUCGAUCGAUCUCCGCCACCCCGGACGCUUCUCAUUCUUUGUUAUCUCCGGUCCGAAUCAAAGUACACUAGUAUAAUUAAGUGAGGAAGUAAACUAGGCCAUGUUCGCGCGCAUGAGCGCGCGAGUAAAUUAUGCCCGUGCUCAUGUGCGCCAAGCACCGUGUUCGUUGUAAGAUACUACAGUGUCCCAGAAAUGCAAGCUAAAUUCGCCGAAAAGGCACAAUUGCGCGCGCACACACACACACAGUAGUUAAAAACGCUCCGUCAAUAUUUUGCAACGGACUGGUGAUCUUUUAAACUAACGUUUCUUUGA